UCAAAGAUUUAUUAAACUCAAUGAUAAGAUUCUUAUCAAAAUUCGUGAAAUGCAGUGAAAAUCGUAUCUUAAUUAAAUACCACCAUUGGAAAUAGAAUUUUUUUUUCUUUCUCUCUCUCUCUCUCUCUACGAUUAUAGUUUUGUGUGUUAAAUUAUAACUUUAAUUAAAAUCAUUUCAGUCAAGGCCCAAAAUUUAACGGAAAAUUAAUUAAAAUUUUUAUUAAAUUAAUUAAUUUUUUAAAUUAUUAUUAUACAAUUAAUUUAAAAAAUUAAUUUAUAUUAUAUUCAAAAAAAAUAAGAUAAUAUUACAAUUUUAAAGAUUCAAAUUUAAAGUUCGGAUAUUUUUUUAAAUUUACAAAUAUUCGUAAAAUUAAAUAUUUUAUGUUUCCGAUUUAUAAAAUAAAAUUUCAGUUUUUAUUUUAAAAGUUUUUUUUUUAUUAUUAUUUAGUAGAAAAUUGUGAUUUAGCAAGGAUGCCGAAAAAAAAAGAUUCAGAAUUUAUGCGAUACGCUGCUGCCGCUGUUGGCACAAUAACAGCAAUUGGUUACGGUUCAGCAAUGACGUGGACUUCACCGUCAAUUCCCUAUCUAACAAGUGAAAAAUCACCAAUUCCAUUGACAAAAGAGCAAAGUGAUAUUAUAUCAUCUCUAUUGACAGUUGGCUAUAUCACUGGCUACAUAAUGAAUCCUUUUGUAAUUGAAAAAUUUGGCAGUAAACGAACAUUACUAAUUUAUACAAUACCACAAAUGGCAGCGUGGAUAUUAAUAAAUCUUUCUAAAACUCCAAUCACAUUAUACAUUGCAAGAGUAUUUGCCGGCAUGGGUUAUGGAGCUGGAAUUUGUGCAUUAACAAUUUAUCUUUCUGAAAUUGGCACAUCAAAAACAAGAGGAAUUUUUAUAUCCUAUUUAAAUCUUGCCAUGGGAUUUGGAUUUUUUCUCGUCAUGCUCUUUGGUGCCUAUAUACCUUAUGAAUACAUGAAUUUAAUUCUUUUAACAUUUCCAAUAAUUUUUGCCAUUACAUUUAUUUUUAUGCCCGACGCUUCUUAUUUUCACAAUGAAGAAAAUGAGAAUGGGGAAAUGAAAAUUAAAUUAAAUUCAUCUGAAAAGGAAGAUUUAAUAACGCACGAGAUGAAAGAAUUAAAUAUUUCACAGAGAAAUGAAAUUUCCGAAAAUAAUUUUCCUAAAUCUGAUACAGAAAUCGAAUUAAAUCCAAAGGAAUAUUCAAAAUUAGAUAUUGAUCCAAAUCGUGAAUUUGAUAAACAAAAUUUUAACAAUGAUUUAAUAAAUAAUCCCAACUAUAAAUUAAGGGAAAAUUUUGAUUCCGAAGAAAAAUUAAAAGCAGAUCGUAAUUCAAAGGAAGAUGAUGAAAGUGAUUUUUUUAAUUUUAAAAAAUCAAGAUUUUGGAAAAUGAUAACAACACAAAAUAGUCGAAAAGCAUUGAUAAUAACAAUUAGUCUUGCUGCACAAGAUGUUCUCUCGGGUCAUAUGGUUGUAUGGACAUUUACACAACAAUUAUUAACAAGUAAAGAAUCGCCAAUUGAUUCGGAAAAAGCGACAAUGUUUUUGGCAUUGGCAAAAAUAAUUGCCUCUGGUAUAAGUGCGCAAAUAAUUGAAAAAACAAAUAGAAGAAAUAUACUUUUUGUCACAAGUAUUAUUGGAAUAAUUGCAAAUAUUGUAUUGUGUGUAUUUUUUUUUAUGGAAGAAGGAAAUUAUGAUAUUUCAAUGUUUACAUGGUUACCGUGUGUUGGAUUAACAUGCUAUGAAUUAUUUCUUUCAAUUGGUUGUGCAAAUUUUUUUUACGUCUAUCAAGCAGAAUUAUUUACAUCCGAUGUUAAAAGUCUAGGCGUUAUGGUCUGUAAAGUAUCAUAUAUGGCACUCUCAUAUUUUUGUCUAUUUCGAUUUCAAGUUUUAAUGGCCGCCAUUGGUAGAGCAAUGAUUUAUUUGAUAUUCAGUAUUUUUAGUAUUAUUGUUUCAAUUUUUGUUUUAUCCAUCACACCCGAAACACGUGGUAAAACAAAUAAUGAAAUUCAAAUGAUUUUAAAGAAAAAAAAAUUUUUUGUUUAAAAUUUUUUUUUAUAUAUAUAUAUAUAUAUGUAAUAUGUAUAGAUAUAAUCUCAAAUUAGGCGAAAAUAAUCUUAAAAAUAAAAAAAAUUUUAAUAUAUUUAGUUCAGUGUGUGUAU